AUGGAGAGCUUCCCUCAUGCCCCAGGCGAUCCGCGCCUGGAGGGGACAACCCGCCCAGACGACACAGAUUCCAUUGACAGUACUCGGGCGCGAAUGUUAUGGGCCAACAAAGGUCCGACCCAGGUGGUGUUUUACGCCCCAAAAGAGCGAUUCCGCCUGGGUUAUUUCGAUGUGAUGUGUCUGGUCAUCAAUCGCACCAUCGGUACUGGCAUCUUCAACUCACCCCAGCGGGUCAUGAUUCACACAAGAUCGACCGGCGCCUCACUCCUGCUCUGGUUCGUCGGCAUGAUUUACUGCCUCUCUGGCCUCCACGUCUAUCUCGAAUACGGCCUCAAUAUCCCGCGCUAUACGAUCGAUGGUGUUGAGCAGCCUGUUCCCAGGAGUGGCGGUGACCUCAACUAUCUCCAAUAUGUCUACCGCAAGCCGGCCUACCGCAAAGGCACGGUGCUUCUCAGUACGUGCAUCUUCGGUAUUGCCUUCAUUGCGCUUGGAAAUAUGGCAGGCAACUCCAUCAGCUUCGCCAUCCGCGUUAUGAGCGCUGCUGGUAAUGAUAGUCCCGACAACGGCACGGUGCGAGGCAUCGCUAUAGCUAUUGCUAUCAUCACCUGCUUCAUCCACGCAGUCUCUCGCCGCUUCGGAAUCUGGCUCAAUAACGUUCUUGCUGUCAUCAAGGUCUGCAUCCUCCUGCUCGUCAUCAUCACCGCCAUCGUGGUCGGCGCCGGCGGCCUCAACACUCCCAACGUGCUGCCCGAAAAUACCAAUAUCAAAACGGCAUUCGAGGGGAGAUCAACCGAUCUGAACGAUUAUUCCCACGCAUUCUUGGCAAUCAUCUUCAGUUUCUCCGGCUUCGAGCAGCCCAACUAUGUCCUUGGGGAAAUCUCCAGGCCCAGACGAAAGUAUCCCGUCGCCAGUAUCGUGGGUGUGACGACCACGGUGCUGUUGUAUUUAGCCAUGAACAUCUCCUAUAUGGUGGUUGUCCCUAAGGAGGAUCAGCUCACUGCACCUGGCGGCGUUGCUGAGCGCUUCUUCGAACUGACCCUCGGCAAUCUUGGCACGUCGGAGAAUCAAAUCGUUGGCAAGAGAAUAUUCAACGCCUUUCUCGCAGUUAGUAGCCUCGGAAACAUCAUCGUCAUGACCUACACGGCAGCCCGCGUGAAGCAAGAAAUCGCCAAGGAGGGCAUCCUGCCAUAUCCCGCCUUCUUCGCUCAGAGCACAGACCUGUCUGUCGGCCGCUUUCUGCGAUGGAUCCAGAAAAAGGGCUGGUUCAACAGGCUUCUAAGCUCGCGAUGGCUAUCGCCGGACUCGCAUCGGGAGAAGACACCCGUUGGCGCCCUCGUGCUCCACUGCGCCUGCUGCAUGGUUCUCAUUCUCGCCACUUGGAGACUGACGCCUGCCGAGGCUUACACGAUCCUGACCUCGAUCAGCUCGUAUGUCAUCAACGGAGCUAUCGGGACAUUUAUCGGCUUGGGGAUCCUGAUCUUAAGGUUUAGGGGGCCUCCGAGCACGCCCGCGCCACAAGCAGCGAAACCCCUUGAACAACCAACUACGAAACCCUCGUGGAAACGUAUGACUGGUAGACACUUCAACCCUGUUCUGAGUGUCGUAUGCGCCAGUCUUUAUACCGUUGGGAACUUGUGGCCUGUGGUUACCCAGUGGGUUCCCAAACGCGCAGAUCCAAGCACAGGAGACUCUCCCACCCCCGAAUAUACAUACACGGCGGGAGUAAAGUCCUUUGUCAUUCCCACCAUUGGCUGGGGCAUCAUCGGACUAGGAGUAGCCUGGUUCCUCGGCUUCCUUGCUGUCGCUCAGUAUAAACGAUACAACUACCAUGAGGUGUUCGUCGUUGACAAGAAGCCCGACUUUGAGAAUGCCAGCAGUGGCACCACAGGUGAUGAGAGUGCGGCGCGCGGUAGCAAUGGCUUGGUCAUGGUCCAUGAGACUGUGUACCUCAGCUGGGUCGGUAAGGAGACUCUUCGUCAGCGGAGGCCUGGUGCAGGGGCAAAGGACGACUUUGAUGGAUCGCUGCCUGUGCCUUCGGAUCCCUACGCGGGGACAGAUUUCAGCGGCCACUUCCAGGCUCAGCAGCAGCAGCAAAGUCAUUAUGGGAUGGAAAUGGGACCCAUGAGCCCUCAAACGUAUACCCAACAUAAUGCAGAGGUGUCGCCUGGGUUCCGCCCUGCGAGUUUCCAGACAUCACCAAUAUCGCCAACCUCAAACGGCAACUUCCAGCCGACGAGCUUCGGUGUAAGCAACGAUACCAACCCUGCUUCAUAUCAGUUUCAUGGCGCCCACCAGCAACGACAACAGAGCCGCUCCACGAGAGGAGGCAGUUUUGCAGAUGUCCGAUAUCAAGCAGAUCAUUCGUCUCAACGAUUCCCCGCACAACCUUCACUCGCUGAGCAGCCAGUCGUAGAAUACGACGACUUUGGCAAUGUCAUUGGGGGCCGAGGUGUAGGGAGAAUGUGA